AUGCGGUUCGCCGGCGCGCUGAGAGAGCGACUCGUGUCUUCCUCUUACAUAUGCGCGCGCGAAGUCUAUUAUCUCUUAUCAAGGGUUGAUAAAGUGGCUGCCACUUGUCAACGUACGCACGCGGAGCUACUGUCACGUACGUACACUCGCAGCUGAGCAGUUCAAGACUGUGUGUACAUUUUUUUCACAACUGUAUUAAAAUACCCCGCAUAUUACACCAGAGAGGAAAGAAAGAAACGUUGAAGCAGCAGACACUCGUCGAAUCUACUCUUACUCGCUCCCUCGACUUUGUGCGCGCGUGACGCAUGUCCUGCGCCGCCGACGAGCAGAAUAAUAUACUCGCACACUCCUCGCGCAGCAGCGCAUCGGUAUACUUUAUACUUUUAUUAUAACAGUAGUAGGAGGAUGUUCUGGUGUGCCGGUGUGUGUGCGUAAUUCAUACGUGUGCUGCUCAGCUACACCCCGCGAAAGGAAAACGAAGAAGGCGAACGUUGAAGAGGAGAGAGAGAAAGAGAGGUAGGAAGGACAGUUCGCGCGAGCAGUUCUCUGCACACGGAAAGAGAGAGAGAGAGAGAGAGAGACAGCUAAGAGCAGUAAGAGCGGCUAGUGUGGAAUUUUCGACGGUCGCGUGUGCAGCGGAAUUCGAUAGAAAUGGCAAACGACAAAGUGCCUAACGGAAAACCCGGAGUCAUAGUGCUCGGAGGCUGUGGCUUCAUAGGACGCAAUGUGGUGGAGUACUUAAUUGAAAAUGAACUCGUUUCUUACCUGAGGGUAGUGGACAAAGUACCACCUCAAACUGCCUGGCUCAAUGCUAAGCAUCAAAAAAUUUUUGAGAAUCCUUUGAUAGAAUUUAGAAGUGCCAAUCUCAUCAAUCCUGUUUCGUGUCAGAAUGCAUUUUCCUCGGAUACCCCAAUAAGUUAUGUAUUCAACUGUGCUGGGGAAACCAAAAGUGGACAAACUGAUCCUGUUUACAAGGAAGGAAUCUAUAAAUUAAGCAUGAACUGCGCACAGCAUGCUGCCAAAAUUGGAGUCGAACACUAUGUUGAAAUUUCUUCUGGAAAUUUUUCUUCCUCUGAGAAGAUGCCUCUCAAAGAAGAUACUGCAGCUGAACCAUGGACCUAUGUUGCCAAGCAUAAACUCCAAGUUGAGAAUGACCUAAAAAAUAUUCCUGGCCUAAAGUAUACUAUUCUCAGGCCUGCUAUUGUGUAUGGCAUUGGUGACAGAACUGGCCUAGCUCCCCGCCUAGUCAUUGGAGCUGUAUACAAACACUUGGGUGAAAUGAUGAAGUUACUUUGGGGUCCUGAACUGCGGAUGAACACAGUUCACGUGAGAGACAUGGCUCGCGCUAUUUGGCACGUGGCUACAAAGCCGGAAACCGUUGGACAAAUAUACAAUCUUGUUGACGAAGGAAAUUCCACCCAAGGUUCUAUAAGUGCUAUUGUGUCUGAACUUUUUAACAUAAAUCAUGAUUAUUGGGGUACAGCACUAUCAUCCAUAGCAAAGAUGGAUAUGAAUACAGUCGUUGAGGAAAUCAAUGACAAACAUAUGGGACCUUGGGCAGAGGCAUGCAAUAAAGAUGGUGUAGAGAACAGUCCACUUUCACCUUAUAUAGAUCAGGAGCUACUUCACAAUCAACAUUUAUAUCUAUACCCAGGAAAAUUGUCUCAGAGUACUGACUUCACUUACAACUAUCCCAAAAUGACAAAAGAGACCCUGAAAGAAGUAUUGGACGAUUACGUUGCCAUGAAAAUUUUCCCACAUUCCCUAGUUUUAUAAUGCGAUCUCAUCCAAUUUCGAUAUUCUUUUUAGACUUCUAGUAAGCUCCAAAGUGCAAAGAUGAGAAGCGCUACACCUCGUGCCUGACGCACUUUAUUAUGCGUCAUAUUAUUACCUUAUUCUAUAAGAUAUUAUGGGCCUACCAGAGUAUGUGAUAAAAUAAUAGCAAUGUAUGUACUUAAAACUUAUCCGAAUCAGAGCACUAGUCAUGUUCCGAUAUGUCUCUUCGGAACAAAAGGAAACAGAACAAAUUUCACUAUAACCACAAGCAAUAAAGGUGCAGGAAGACCUGCUUUCCUAAUUCGGAGAUUUCAUCCAAAACGAUGUUGAAAAUCGACUGAUUUUGUUAGAACUGUUACGGCUGAGGUUCUAAAUUUGUUUGUUUUAUUUCCUAGAUUUAAUGAUUGAAUCUUAUAGAUUUUUUAUCUUAGUUUUAUUAAAUGAACUUAAUUGUGUGACUUCUUUUUUGGAUCGAAUCAAAUGAACUAUAGUUGUUGUACUUAUGCACUUAUUGCGACUAGUUUUCUAUGAAAUCUUCCAUCCAGGACUUACCGAACGCCAAAUAGGAAGGUAAUUUAUACGAAUAGCGAGUGAUUCCGUACAUAGCUGUAAGUUCUCGCUUUUUUUAUACACACGAUAGUCGCGCUCGAGUUUCUAAGAAUUUACAUUUCCUUAGGGGCUUAUCAUACUGUUACUGUAUAACUAUACAUUCCGCAACGAAAGUGAAUUGAAACAAUUCAAAUUGAAAUCUUCCGCAGUUCCGGUAUACCGAAUGGCUAUAGAAACCAGACUUACCGAUUUUACAGUAAAUUUACACAGGCUACCUGUACACGCAGGUACACUAUUAUAUUCUUAAAACAAGUACAAAUAGUCAUAAAUCAAAUGUAACAAUGUUCUUAGUGUCUUAUAUGAGAACGCGUUUGUAUUUAGACGAUUUUACUGUAUUGCAUAUAGUAUUGACGUUAAAUUUUUAAUCGGCAUAAACAGUGAAUUGUUGAUAUUCAAUGGCUGAAACGAACUGUUAACGAUGAAAUCAUGUCGCCUUUACUCGUAAAACUAUUGUUAAACGCGUAUAUAUGGUCAAUAAAUUCCUUUUAAAUGCA